CGGGGGGAUGGACCAUUGCGGCCCCGGAGGGGAGCUCCUGGCGGCCAUCGGCGAGCGGUGCCUGGGGCCAGACGAGGAGGCUCACGUGAAGGCGCCUCUAGGGAGCGGCAGCGGCGGCGGCGGCGGCGGCGGCGGCGGCAGCGGCAGCAGCGGCAGCGGCGGUGGCGAGAUGGGCGUGUCCGCCCACUUGCAGUCAUCCAAGGCCGGCACGACCCGGUUCUUCCGCAGCAACACGCACAGCUCGGUGGUGCUGCGGGGCUUCGACCAGCUGCGCGGGGAGGGCUUGCUGUGCGACGUGAGCCUGGUGCCGGGCGACGGCGAUGAUGCGUUCCCGGUGCACCGGGCCAUGAUGGCCUCGGCCAGCGACUACUUCAAGGCCAUGUUCACGGGGGGCAUGAAAGAGCAAGAUCUGAAGUGCAUCAAGCUGCACGGCGUGAACAAGGUGGGCCUGAAGAAGAUCAUCGACUUCAUCUACACGGCCAAGCUGUCGCUGACCAUGGACAACCUGCAGGACACUCUGGAGGCGGCCAGCUUCCUGCAGGUGCUGCCGGCCCUGGACUUCUGCAAGGUCUUCCUCAUCUCGGGCGUGUCCCUAGAGAACUGUGUGGAGGUGGGGCGGCUGGCCAACACGUACAACCUGACGGAGGUGGACAAGUACGUGAACAACUUCAUCCUGCGCAACUUCCCGGCGCUGCUGCACAGCGGCGAGUUCGAGAAGCUGCCCUUCGAGCGGCUGGCGGCGGCGCUGGCCAGCAACAGCCUCAAGCACUGUGGCGAGCUGGAGCUCUUCAAGGCCGCGUGCCGCUGGCUGCGCCACGAGGAGCCGCGCAUGGAGCUGGCGCCCAAGCUCAUGAAGAACAUCCGCUUCCCGCUCAUGUCGCCCCAGGACCUCAUCAACUACGUGCAGACGGUGGACUUCAUGCGCGCCGACAACACCUGCGUCAACCUGCUGCUGGAGGCCAGCAACUACCAGAUGAUGCCCUACAUGCAGCCCGUCAUGCAGUCGGAGCGCACCGCCAUCCGCUCGGACAGCACGCACCUGGUCACGUUGGGCGGCGUGCUGAGGCAGCAGCUGGUGGUCAGCAAGGAGCUGAGGAUGUACGACGAGAAGGCCAACGAGUGGAAGGCGCUGGCCCCCAUGGACGCCCCGCGCUACCAGCACGGCAUCGCCGUCAUCGGAAACUUCCUCUACGUGGUGGGGGGCCAGAGCAACUACGACACCAAAGGCAAGACGGCCGUGGACACGGUCUUCCGCUUCGACCCGCGCUCCAACAAGUGGAUCCAGGUGGCGCCCCUCAAUGAGAAGCGCACCUUCUUCCACCUGAGCGCCCUCAAGGGCCACCUGUACGCCGUGGGGGGCCGCAACGCGGCCGGAGAGCUGGCCACCGUGGAAUGCUACAGCCCCCGCAUGAACGAGUGGAGCUACGUGGCCAAGAUGAGCGAGCCCCACUAUGGCCACGCGGGCACCGUGUACGGAGGCCUCAUGUAUAUUUCGGGGGGAAUCACUCAUGACACUUUCCAGAAGGAGCUCAUGUGCUUUGACCCGGACACGGACAAAUGGACCCAGAAGGCGCCCAUGACCACGGUCAGGGGGCUGCACUGCAUGUGUACUGUGGGAGAGAAGCUUUACGUCAUCGGGGGCAACCACUUCCGAGGAACUAGUGAUUACGACGACGUGCUCAGCUGCGAGUACUACCUGCCGGCCCUCGACCAGUGGACUCCCAUCGCUGCCAUGUUAAGAGGCCAGAGCGAUGUGGGCGUGGCCGUAUUUGAGGAUAAGAUCUAUGUGGUGGGAGGCUACUCCUGGAAUAACCGCUGUAUGGUGGAGAUAGUGCAGAAAUACGAUCCAGAGAAGGAUGAGUGGCACAAGGUUUUUGACCUGCCCGAAUCUCUAGGGGGUAUCCGGGCUUGUACCCUGACAGUUUUUCCACCAGAGGAAAACACGGGGUCCCCUUCCCGAGAGUCCCCUCUCUCUGCCCCUUAAACCUGGGCCCUGGAGCCACUCGAUGUGGUCCUUCUCUGGAUCUGGGUCUGGGGGUGCCCCUCUUUAUCGUUGUCCUUGUUCUCAGUAGCUCUUAGUUAGCCUUAGCUUACAGUGACUGAAAAUGAUGUCAUUUGUGAUAUUUGUGUGUUGUAGGUGCUUCUCUGUGGUUAACAAAAGCAUCCUGAACAGCUUUAGAGCUGAAUGUUUAACCAGUGAAAAAGCCAGGUAUUGUGUCUCCCAGAUGUUUCAUUCCUGCUCAUCCCGACUUGGUGUGGCUGUGUGUUGGGUGGGAGGCCUCCAGCUGGCCAGCUUAUAGGAGGAAGCCCCACUGGUCCCCUUGCCAGAGGGAUGUCCUUUGUGUAGAGCCGUGUUCUGUGUGCUCCAGGGGGAGGGGGGGGGGUUUCCCUUUUUGUUUUGUGACUGCAAGUUGUUGAGAGGAGGCAGUCUCAGAUGAGCUGCUUCCCUCUGUUCUUGGAGUGUUUUGGCCAUCUCUCUCAGCCCACCUGACUAAGUGAGAUACAUCCCCAGCAAGGUGCUUAGACAAGAAAAAGUCUUUGCACGAAUUGAAAUGUCAUGAAAAAAUGCAUGGUCUCAUCGGUAUGCCCAGUUUCUGGGUUUAGAUUAUUGAUGUUACUGCUUUUGAUAUUGGUUUUUUUUUUCAUGUAAACACAUCAAAAUACUGAAUUUUAAAAGUUCCAUGGUACUACAAGGGUAUAGGAAAUUUUUAAAAGCUUUUCUCAAUGAGCAGUUUCCAGUAAUAUCAGCUAUUAAUUUAUGGAAGUAUUAAUUUAGGGAUAUAAGCACUAGAAGCAUGUUCAAUGUGCCUAGAUUUUACCUGGUCCUGUUUUUCUCUCAGUUCCCAUAAAUUAUCCCCAGUUCCCCUUUGCUUGUCAGAUAACUCAAACAUUCCAUGCCUUUUCCAUAACUGCUGUUAGUAAGGUUAUAUAGCACAAGACUCACUUUCAGUAGGACAGCUGCUUUGUUCUGUGAACUCAGAAUUCCAUGUUUUAUUUUUUAUUCAAUAAAACUUUAAAUGUCACAAAAUGUGUAUCAUUGUGCACCUCAAAUUUAUUACCUCUUUUCUAGGAGUUGUAGAGCUUAUUUCAUUAUCGGUCCUCUAGAAUCUGGCUGCUUAUUAGACUGAACACUGAAUUCCCAAGUCUUUCAAAGUAUUUUUCCCCCAUUUUGUAAUUGGAUAAACUUUUCCUAGUUCUGCUCCUUUUAAUCAUUGUCAUUCAUACAAGUCUUCCCAGAUUUCUUUGAAAUCCUCCCUUUGUCAUAUAGCAUAAUAAUAUUCCAUUAUACUAAUAUGCCAUAAUUUUCUCAGCUAUUAUCAAAUUGAUAGCUCUCACCCUCUUUAGAUUCCAGUUCUUUUCUCUUAUAAAAGCAAAACAAAUCCUUACUGUCAACAUUUUUGUAAAUGUGGGUCCUUUUCCUCUUUGGGGUAUUGGCCUAGUAAAGAUAUGAAUGGGCCAAAGGGUUUACACAGUUUAGGUAUUUUGAGGUCACAAUUCAGAAUUGCUUUCCAGAAUGGUUGGACCAGGCCACAACUCUUCCAACAGUGCAUCAAUAUGGCUAUUGUAGCCAUAAACUUCUAACAUUUGUCAUUUUAUUUUUUUGUAACUUUGGCAAUCUGAUGGUUGUGAGCUGGAACCUCACAGUUGCUCUAAUUUCCAUUUUUCUUGCUGCAACAGGAACUUUUAAAAAAUAUGGUUCUAGAUAGACUGGAUUUUUCCCUUUGAGAACAGCCUGUUGCCCAUUUGGUAAUUGAGGGAUCCAUCACAAUCACUUCAGUGUUUGUGUGUGUGUGUGUGUAUAUAUAUAUAUAUAUAUAUAUAUAUAUAUAUAUAUAUAAAUUGCCUAGGGUCACACAGCUAGGAAGUGUCGGAGGCUAGAUUUGGAACUGAGUCCUACUGAUUCCAGGCCUAUCCCCUUAUAUGUUUGUUUUUUUUUAAUUAAAAACCUUACCUUCUGUCUUAGAAUCAAUGCUGUGCAUUAGUUCUAAGGCAGAAGAGUAGUAAGGGCUGGGCAAUGGGGGUCAAGUGACUUGCCCAGGGGCACACAGCUAGGAAGUGUCUGAGGUCACAUUUGAACCCAGGACCUCCCAUUUCUGGGCCUGGCUCUCAAUCCACUAAGCCACCCAGCUGCCACCCCAAUAUGUUUUUUAAAUGAGGUGUUUAUCAUAUAGGUUUGUGACAAGAUUUUUUUCCCCCAGUUAAUUUUUCCUCCCUUGGUUUGACUUGUUUUGUUUGUACAGCAUUUAAAAAAUAUCAAAAGUAUCUGUUUUCUUCUAUCCUUGCUAUUCCUUGUUUGGUUACAAAUUCUUCCUCUAGCUCUGUACAGGGAAGCUUUCAUGCUUCUCUAAUAUAUUUAUGUUGAGUCAUAUCUAUUUGGAGGUAAUCUUGGUAUGUUGUGUGAAAUGUUGCUCUAAAUCUAACUUCUGCUAAAACUAUACAGUUUUUGUGCAAUAGUGAGUUGUUACUCUAAUAAUUGGGGUCCUUUGGUUUAUUGAACACUUGGCAACUUGGUCUAUUUGUUUCUGUAUGUCGAGUAUGUAGUCUGCUUCACUAAUAGAUCCUAAUUUUUAAAUCAAUACUAAAUAAUUUUGAGGAUUAUUGCUUUGUAGAAUAGACAUGGUACUUAUAAGUCCCUCAUCUUCCCACUUUUUCUCAAAAUUUGCUGUAAGAUUCUUGUUUUUUUUUGUUUUUUUUUUUGUUCUUCCAGAUGAAUUUUAUCCCCCACACAAUGCUAUAAAAUAAUCCUCUGGUAGUUUGAUUAUGACAUUAAAUAAAUUAUUUAAUUCAGAUGA